AAACUGUUCUAGAGCUUUAAUUUCUCCCGACGACACCCAAUCUCCAUCGUCAUGUCCGCCUCUUCCGAACCCGAGCAAGUUCUCAUGUCUCUUGACGAGUACAUCACCCUCUGCGCCGACCUCCACAAUACCCUCCUCGUUAGAUCCUUCUCUCCAAACUCGCCGCCAGCCGACACUUCCUCCGACCUUCUCCAACGCUACGAAUCCUACCGCGCCAAUCCGCCCUUGGACCCCGACUACGACGCCCCCUCCCUCGAUUUGCUUUCGCCCCUCGCCACCCUGCUCUCUCGGCUUAAAACCACUGUUCCUCUCCGCAGUGGUACUUUCACCCCUCCAACGCCCCUCCUCUACCAACCCUUGCCGGAAUGGUUGUUCCCACCCCUCUAUAGCCACGACUUCGAUGCGGCUUCCUCCGCGUUUCUCCUCCUCUAUCCCCAGCGCCUCCCCUCCGACGCCUUACCUGCCAUGGAUGGGGGUCUGUUCGUAGACAUCUAUACCCUCUAUGGCAUUUGGCUUGACGCCCUACGUUACCCGGCAAUCUCCCCCUCCGAAAAGCAGCUACCCCUCGACUGCCUCCUCAAACAGGAAUUAUCACGCUGGGAAUCCGGCCGCUACGUCCACGAUCCCAGCGCCGAAGAAGGGCUCAGAAUCCAAAAAUGGGUCCCUAUCCCUUCCACCAUCGAGGAGGCGGUGGCUCAUCACCUUAACCUCCAGGUCGCAGAAGCCAUCUCGGAGUGGGAACGCUUGCUAUAUGCGAUUGAAUCCAAAAUGCCCUCUUUAUCAACCCCGAAAGGAGAAGCCUCAAAACGAGAAAGCGGGCAGCCCUUGCGAUUGGAGGGGAUGCAACGCCUGCGCCUCAGCAGGUUCGCACAGCAUUUUCUAAGCCGUGCGCGAAGACCUAAGGGAUGGACCUUUAUAGCGCCGGGCAUUGGCACUUUCUCCAACGAACGCCUGCGCGAGGUAUAUAUAACGGAAGCAGAAGACACGUUCAGGCGUACGUUCACGACUUCGGAGGAAGGUGAGGAUUGGAUCAUACUACUUCCUAGCCUCGCCGGUGACAACCCGGUUAUGGUUCCGGCCGAUGUGAGCCAUGUACCUGAUCUCGAGAUCAACUCGUUCGACAAGCCCUUCGCAUUUGGGAAGGCUACGGUAGGGCGACGGGCAGGGCUGUAUACCUCCUGGGCGGACGAGCGGGAUGGAGACUUGGUGCAACUAUGGCCCAUGUCCCUGGGGACCCAGCAGAUUGCCGCGGCUGGCUGA